GUUUGUUUUAUUUUACGACAUUGAUAUUGUGCUGAAAACUGUCAGUUACCACCUGCAAUUCAACGAUUUUAAUCUUGUGCAAUCAUCAUCAUGACAUAGUAUUAGCAACGUAAAAUGGCAGUGGCAACCCAAUUCUGCGAAGUGGAGUUUGAAGAAUUACUAUUCCUGGAGAAAUGCGGUGGCGGCACAUUCGGAAGCGUUUACCGCGCAAUAUGGAAGCCAUAUGAGAUGGAGGUGGCUGUAAAAAAGCUGCUAGUUCUUGAUAAAGAGGCUCAAGUUCUGAGUGUUCUCUCUCAUAGGAACAUCAUCAAGUUCUACGGUGCUGUAACAGAAGAGCCAAACUAUUGUCUAGUCACUGAGUUUGCCUGCAAUGGUUCUCUGUAUGCCUACCUGCAGAAUCCAGACAAUCACUUGGACUUUGACCAGAUUUUAAACUGGGCCAAAGAAAUCGCUUUAGGUAUGAACUAUUUGCAUAGGGAAGCACCCAUCAAAGUUAUUCAUAGAGACCUGAAGUCAAAAAAUGUUGUGAUUUCUGCUGAGAAUGUUUGUAAGAUCUGUGACUUUGGUGCCUCCAAGUUUAUGGGCAGUACAACAAAGAUGUCCCUGGCUGGAACCUUUCCCUGGAUGGCCCCAGAGGUGAUACAGAGCCAGCCUGUGUCUGAAACAUGUGAUACUUGGUCGUAUGGAGUGGUGUUAUGGGAACUUCUGACACACGAGGUUCCAUUUAACGGCAUCGAAGGUUUCCAGGUGGCAUGGCUGGUAGUUGAGCGAGAAGAGAGGUUAACUAUACCAAGCAGUUGUCCACCGUGUUUUGCCAAGAUCAUGACUCAGUGUUGGGAACUAGAGCCGAAAUCCAGACCUUCGUUCCGUCAGAUACUCAACAAACUGGAUAUAAUCCUCGAAGACGAUGCUAUGCAUGAUGUUACAAAUUCCUUUUUGGAUCACAAGAUUAUAUGGCAACAUGAGAUCGAGACCACACUUGACCGCCUGAAACGAGCAGAGAACCAACUGACAAGCAAGGAACGCCAGCUCCGAGAACGAGAGAUACAGAUCAUGGCUCGAGAGCGCGACCUGCAGCAACACUUAAAUGCAACAUCUUUAGACUCACAUGAUGUGAACACCUGGACAAAGUUUGAUGUGAAUCAGUGGAUAAAGCAGCUUGCUAUAGCACAUAAUCCUGAUCUAAUGGUGUAUGCUGACCUAUUCUUGGAGCAUGACGUCACAGGCAAACUGUUACUCAGCCUCACCCAGGAGGAGCUCAGCAACAUUGGCAUCAAGUCUCUGGGCCACAAAUAUGAGCUGUUUACAGAAAUUGAGCUGCUGAAAGCACAUAACUUCAGGCUGUUGAAUUUCCCUCCGUUGACUCAGUCCACAAAGCCUCAGAGUGAAGCAAAAGAUCCUGAAUUGAAGACAGCUGAGUUGACCAUGAUUUUUGGACAUCACUUACGUCAGGGAAAGUCCAGCAAGGAACACAAAUGGAAGAUGUACAUGGAGGUAGACGAAGACGGCGAUGAUGACAGCGACGAAGGCCUCAGCAUCGUGACCUGCAUCAAGGAUGUGACGUUCACCUCACCCUCACAAGAGUCCUUCAAGGUCACGCACCCGCCCUACAUCAUGGACAAGUGGAGUGUGGGCGUAAGCAGCGAGAUGGACAUUGAGUGUGUUGUAACCUUUGAGAAAAAGGUUAAGAAACCGAAGUCAUGCCGAUACAUUCACAAUCUUGACCCUGUCAGUGCAACCUCUGGUCAAAAGGUCAUCACCCUGACCUUGAAUCAGGUCAAGGAUGACCUUGAGACCUCCCCGACCUUAACCUUGACCUCAAGCAGAAAGGACGUAAAACAGUCGCAGAGUUCUCCGCAACUACAUGGUGCCUGGAGCGAGAGAAACAUUUUAAUUACCCCAGUGACGACUCCUGAGAAAAAGGGUUCUCCAGACAUCUGGGCAAGCAUCGUGGCUGGCAGGAAAGCCUCCAUGACCGACUUCCCAAAACUCCGCCCAGUUCCAGGUACAACCAUGACCCUUCACGCGCCGCCUUCUUGUAACCCAUGGCAACAAGGCCAGAUACAAAGUCAAUCGUAUAAUCCAGGGCCAAAUGCAGUCAUGCAGAAUUCCACUUCCUCGCCCACUUUGGUUGGCAUUCAGAGCAGUUGUAGUGAUGCACCCUCUGCAAACUUUGGAAAUCGACCUUUUAACCAAGGUCAACGUAACUAUGGUAAUCAAGGUCAUCAGCCUCAAGGUCACCUGUUCCAAUUGCCACCACAGGGCAUUGUAGCUCAUGACAAUGUUGUAUGCAUUCCUCAACAGUCUGUUAACAGCGAGGCUUUGGUUUCCACUUAUCAGGAAAACCUGUCUCAGCAAUGUGAUUCAAAGUGUCUGUCAAGCGUUCAGAAGUCAAAAGUGACAUUCACCUUGACUGAUUCUUGCGCGUCUUCGAGGAGUUCUGAAAGCGGAUACAGCGAACAUGUUGGUAGAAACACUGAAACGUAUGCUUCAGUUUGCUCGCACUGCAAAGCCUCAUUUGGCAGUUUUCAUCAGCAAAGACAAAGCGCAAGUUCAAGACAGUUUGAAGGUGAAGGUCAAACAGGCAAAAACAGAAACUAUGACCAAAGUGAUUAUCCAUACAGAAAUUAUUCAACAGGUGAAGGUCAAAGUACCAGAGGAGGGAGACAAACUAACAGGGGCCAUAAAUACAUUACUAAUUCAGGACAUGAUUUAGACCACAAACACAAACAUUGGAAGCCUCAAAAUGAUGGGCAUGGUUAUCAGAAAGGGGACAGGUUUCAAAACGAGGGUCAAAGGUCACAAAGGUUCUCUCAUAGGGAUCAGAGUACAAGGGGUCAUUAUAGGGGACACAGGGGUCGUGGCAGAGGAAGGGAUUUUUAUCACGAGUAUGAUGUCAUAAAUAAAAGCCAUAGCAGUGAGCCUUUGGUGGAAAAAAGUAACAUGAAUGUGCAAAUGAAGGUAAGACGGGCCGUUAGUUCACCGGAUAAGACGAAUGACAAACAAUAUGUUGCAUUUAGUUACAGUUUAGAGGGGGAAGAGGUCAAAAGCAGUGGUUCAGAAAAGAAGGAGGCUGAUCAAUCGAGCAAACAAAACAAAAAUCAAGAAAGUGAGAGUGAAUCCUUGGAAAAAAUUGAGGGUGAAGUUUUUGAGGAGUUAUCACAAUGCAGUCUCAAAGAUAGCACAGACAAAGAUGCCAACCCAUCAGGCUGGGUUUUUGUUGAACACAAAAGUCACAAAGGUAAAGAUCACUCACAAGGCAAAGGUGAAAGUUCACAUUCUUAUAGGGGUCAGGCUAUGGAUAGAAAUAGGGGGAGUUGGAGGCCCAGAGGUCAAAAGGGUCACCAUAGUUCUCAGGGGUCAAGUAGGACCAGAGGUCAGGAAAGUUCUAGGUAAAGAUAAAUGUCACAGUUUUCAAGUGGUUUAAUUAUUGCUGUUAUUUAUUUGGGUAUGAUAAUGAUAUUUUCUAGAGUCAAAGUUUUCAUAUUGUAUAUAUAUUUAUAAAUACAUGUGUAUUGUGCUGCUUUUAAUUGUUAUUGAAUAUAUUAACUUGUUAGACAUGACCUAUCAAUUAAUGUAUGUACAUUAAUGAACGAUUGUGUAGCUCAUUAAAUUAGAAAAACAUUACCUUUUUUCAUUACAUUUGGAAUUCCAUAUAGGGAUGUUUUACAAACAUUUUUUCAUUAUUUAAAGGUUGCUUUAAUUUAUUAUUUAUUCUUUUGCCAUCUGACUAGUCUCAGGUCAAUGUUUUUUUAUGACAUUGUUUGUUGUUGUUUUUCUGCUUUAUUUGUUAACAUCUACAUAAAAUAUUUCAUUUAGAAAUAUAUAAGUCGUUGGUAUAAUAACAAAUGAAUAUAAUAUUCAUGGAUUAUUUUCAAUUAUUAUAUCUGAAUGUUUUAAAAUGAGGAUAAAACCAUGAGAAUUAGUGCUUCUUGUGAUCAUUUAUGUUUUAUUAAUGAAAAUGGGCCGUGCUCUGUGAAAAGGGGGUUUAAUGCAUGUGCGUAAAGUGUCCUCCCAGAUUAGCCUGUGCAGUCCGCACAGGCUAAUCAGGAAUGACGCUUUCUGUCUUACCUGUAUUUGUGCUAACAAGAGACUUUCUUUACACCAAAAAUACCAUAACAGCCAUCUGGGAGGACACUAUGCACAAAUACCAUAACAGCCAUCAGGGAGGACACUAUGCACAUGAAUACCAUAACAGCCAUCUGGGAGGACACUAUGCACAAAUACCAUAACAGCCAUCUGGGAGGACACUAUACACAAAUACCAUAACAGCCAUCAGGGAGGACACUAUGCACAAAUACCAUAACAGCCAUCUGGGAGGACACUAUGCACAAAUACCAUAACAGCCAUCUGGGAGGACACUGCACAAAUACCAUAACAGCCAUCUGGGAGGACACUAUGCACAAAUACCAUAACAGCCAUCUUGGAGGACACUAUGCACAAAUACCAUAACAGCCAUCUGGGAGGACACUAUGCACAAAUACCAUAACAGCCAUCUGGGAGGACACUAUGCACAUGAAUACCAUAACAGCCAUCUGGGACGACACUAUGCACAAAUACCAUAACAUCCAUCUGGGAGGACACUAUGCACAAAUACCAUAACAGCCAUCUGGGAGGACACUAUGCACAAAUACCAUAACAGCCAUCUGGGAGGACACUAUGCACAAAUACCAUAACAGCCAUCUGGGAGGACACUAUGCACAAAUACCAUAACAGCCAUCUGGGAGGACACUAUGCACAAAUACCAUAACAGCCAUCUGGGAGGACACUAUGCACAUGAAUAUCAUUACAGCCAUCUUGGAGGACACUAUGCACAAAUACCAUAACAGCCAUCUGGGAGGACACUAUGCACAAAUACCAUAACAGCCAUCUGGGAGGACACUAUGCACAAAUACCAUAACAACCUACUGGGAGGACACUAUGCACAUGAAUACCAUAACAGCCAUCAGGGAGGACACUAUGCACAAAUACCAUAACAGCCAUCUGGGAGGACACUAUGCACAAAUACCAUAACAGCCAUCUGGGAGGACACUAUGCACAAAUACCAUAACAGCCAUCUGGGAGGACACUAUACACUAAUACCAUUACAGCCAUCUGGGAGGACACUAUGCACAAAUACAAUAACAGCCAUCUGGGAGGACACUAUGCACAAAUACCAUAACAGCCAUCUGGGAGGACACUAUGCACAAAUACCAUAACAGCCAUCUGGGAGGACACUAUACACAAAUACCAUAACAGCCAUCAGGGAGGACACUAUGCACAUGAAUACCAUAACAGCCAUCUGGGAGGACACUAUGCACAAAUACCAUAACAGCCAUCUGGGAGGACACUAUACACAUGCAGUAAACCCCAUUUUCACAGAGCACGGCCUAAAUGAUAAUUUAAAUUUGUUAUAUUUUCAAAUACGUAUUACAGUCCCUUAAGCAAUAAUAUUCAUUAAUUUAUACCUUUUUCAUACGAUUGAUUGUGAUGCCAUAAUACCAGUACUUAAAUUUAAAAAAUGUAUGUUUAUAUUGACCACAUGUAAUAUUGUAAUGUUUUCAUCCACUGUAUCAUGAUGAGUCCCUCUGUCUGUAUGUCACAAAUUUUAUUUUUUGCGGGGAAUAUCGAUUCAAGGAAUUAGCUUGUUAAUAAUUACUUUUCCUGUAUUCAGCAUAUAUAAUCUUAACUAGUAUUUUGUUGCAUUUUUCAUGAAUUCAAAGGAUAUUGCUGUUUCUGUGAAUUCAAACGAUAUGGUAGCUAAUAGAAGAAGAUAUUCCGAUGAAUAUAUUAAAGUGCUUGAUUUGUCUAUAGUAAGUGGUACAUGUAGUCAACUUGUUUGACACAACACAAUCCUGUGAACUGUGAUGUUUGUUUGUAUUUUGUUAAGAACAAUAAGAAAAAAACAUUUACUGUAAGCAUAGAUUAUGAGCCCUACAAAAUUAAAUUGCUUUUUUUGGUUGAAACAAAUAUAUCACAUAUCAAACACUAUGUUAGGCUCCAUUGGUCAUUGUCAGCUCAGGUACUACUUAAAUGUAGCCCGGGUACUUUAAAGUAUACUUAAAUGUACCUCCGUUACAUAAAAUAUUACUCACACGUACCCAAUAUAUUGAGACAUCAACAGUUUUAUUCCCAGCCAAAAUCUGAUGUUGUAAAAUGCACUGUGGAAUGCAAAACAAAUUCUCUUUGAACAAAACCCGCCUCAAUAUUCUUUUUGAGUAGGUGUUUCGAUAAUAUGAAGUCCAUUUUUCAGAAUUGACAUAAAUAUGAAUAUAAUUAUAAAUUUAGCCGACAACAACCAAUUCAGCACUGGAAUUUCCGGGUAUGUUUCAGUAUAUUUUCCGUACCUGGGGUACAUUUAAGAAGAACCCGAGCUGGCAAUUAUCAAUCAAGCCUAUAUUAAUUAUGCAUGUUUAUUCCAAAUAAUUGAUGAACAAUUGCUUAUAAUUUUCAUGAUUUAAACUGUUGAUUUAUGAUAAAAUAGCAAACAUUUAAAUCGUUUAUUAUUUAAACUCAGGAGUUAUAAUUUGCUUGUUUUUAUAAAAAUUAUAAUGUUUUAAUUAUUUUAAUUAUAUUUUUGAUAAUGAAGCAUUUUUGUUUUGUCAUUAUUCCAAAGUGCUUUCUGUAAUACUGUUUAAAAUUUUAAAUAAUGAAGGAUCAAAAACUAUAAUGUGCUAUUAAGAUAUUAAAAUUAUGUUAACAACUGUAGCAUAAUUGCAACAGGUAUUUUGUUUAUGUGAUCAAAACUUUGUUUUCUUUAUAUAUUUUUACUUUAGUUUAUGUUUGUAUGUUUUAGUACUUGUGACAUGAAGAAGAGGUAAGUGGUAAG